AUGCGCAUAUUACUUGAAAAUUUAAAUAUAGAGAAAAAGUUUUUUGAUGAUACUUUUCAGGAAACAGAUUCAUUCAUUUUCCACAGAACACCACAAGUUAAUGAUGAAAUUAUUUAUAUAGAUGAUGAUGAAGAUAACUGUCCUAACAGUAUUUAUACUAAAAUUAAUGAUAAUUUUAAAGAAACUUUAAAUGUACCACCAUUGUGUAAUUAUUAUGUUUUUCAAGAUAUUUUUUCCUUUUUUGAAAUAACAAAGCAAAAGAAAAAAAUAAAGAACUGCUAUAGUCGUUUAUCUUUUUGGCAAUUACCAUUAUUUAUCAUAUCAAUGAGUAUGACUCUUAUAAUUUUUCAAUUUAUAUAUCAAGGUGAUUUAGAAGGUGACAAAUUUCUUAGAUUAUUACCACGACCAAAUAAUGAUAUAUGGAGAUUAUUUACUUAUUCAUUAUUGCAUGGAGAUUGGAAUCAUGUAAUUUUAAACAUUAUAGCAUUAAUCCUCCUUGGUUUGCCAUUGGAAUUAAUACAUGGUAAAAUGAGACUUUCAAUUAUUUGUUUUUUUGGAGUUAUUAGUGGAGGAUUAUUACAUUCAGCUUAUGAUUCCAAUAGUUGCUUACUUGGUUGUAGUUCUGCAGUUAUGAGUAUAUUAGCAUGUAGCAAUUUAAAUUUAUUUAAUUGGAAUGAAAUAAAAUACAAAUUUGUAUAUCUAUUUUAUAUUUUAAUAUUUGAUAUUUGGUCUACAUAUAUUAUCAUUAGAUCUUUUAAUGAUUCUUCAGGAGACAUUAGUGGUUUAUCACAUGCUGGAGGAUUAAUUGCAGGAUUGUGUAUGGGUACGUUAUUAUUAAAAAAUUUAACACAUUCAAAAAUUAUGAAAAUAAUUGGUUGGAUAUUAUUUAUUAUUUUUAUUCCUUUUUUUACAUUUUUUUUAUAUAAAUAUUUAGUAGUUUAA